UUUAUAUUGUACUUCGAAUGGGAGCCUGUAUAAAUACAACCACACAAUAAUUCGAGUGUUUUUUUUAAUAAAUAAAAUGUUACAAUGGAAGAAAAGAUUCAAUUGGAUUCCUUUUACUCCCUCCCAUGACCAUGGAAAAAAAUCCAAUAAUGUGGACCCUUUUCUCUCCCAACUUGAUGUGGCCCUAUAGCUAACAUUACAUUUACAUUGCAGCAAGUUGGCAAACAUAAAAAAGGAAUGUUCUUGUAGUUCCACCUACCCUAUACCAAAUGAGAUUGGUUCGACCUUUGAAGGCUACUACUUGUCGUCUUAGCAAGCAUAAUAAUGGUUUAACAAAGUUGCCCAAUUUUGUCUUCACAAUCAUGUUUUGUCACAAUGUAACCAAUUGUUGGUAAUGGUAUCAGCAUCAUCGUAGAUUUGAAUAGUUAGGAUUGCCAAGUAACCAAUUAGAAGUGUUGAAUCAACAAAAAUUUGUGCACAAUAAACGGUAUAAAAAUAUGGAAGUACCAGUGAUCGAACCCAAAUAAUCGUUGAUAGAAGACACAAAAUGUUAUUUUAUUAAUUGUGAACAAUCCAAAAUUGUAUAAGGUGAUAAUAUUUGUUGUUACAUGAUUUGAAUACAAAUCAAUAUUAGGAGGAUGAAUUGUUAAUUUGUCUAGUCUAAAUUUUGAUAUUUCUUUUUCAAACCAAUCGUUAAACUUUUUUUUUUCAAAAAAUGAAAUCUCAAUGUUAAAACAUUUUUCCAUAUAUGCAAUUUUAACUAUCAUAUCAGGUUGCAUUUAUCCAAACUAUAUUUUUUAACAAUGAGAAACUGCUUUUUAUUCCAUAACCCAACAAGGGAAGCCAAAUACAUUUUUACAGCUAAGGAGAAAUAAGCAUUCAUUUCUGUAGGAAUUUUACAAUGUCGGUUUUUUGGUUUACAAAAAAUAGUUUAUAGUACAAAUAUACUUUGUACCUUUAACGUCAUUGUUACAAAUUUAAUUGUAACUCAAUACAUCGAUCCUUUAGAACAUAGUAAAAGAUCUUUCAUGAUUGUUCAACACAGACCAGUGCUCACUCCUAACUACACAUUCGAGAAGGCUAAUUAGUAAUUAUUAAUGCUAGCUUUUUGCUUGUCCUUUGGGAAAAGUUUGAGGGAUUUAAGAUAAGAACAAAGACGUGUGAAAAACAUUACUAAAAUUGAAGUUUCCCACUUAAUUGAUAAUAAAGAAAUUGUUGGUAUCUGAUAAAAGUUCAGUUACAAUAAUCAAUCAUCAUAAUUAACUAUGAUAAGCCAAACAUCAUAAUGACCUUCUAUAUGAUGAACUUUCUUUUACUCACUUGGGUUUUGAUAUAAUUAUAUUAUAUAUUUAUCUCAUCUCAAAAGACUUCACCACCCCUGGUUCUAGAUGUCCUUUAAAUUAAUCAUCCUUGUAAGCUUAUUCUAAUGGGUGAUUAUCAUCCUAUACAAAAUAUUAAUAAUUGGCUAACAGUGUACGACAAAUCAUCCAACGAUGACUCCAUUGGCUUCUAUUGUUAUUGAGUAUUUGAGUUUGCCCCCUAAAACUCCAAGGUUGAAGAUAGACUGACAGAGACAGGAGAUAAUUAGGAUUUUAAUAAUAUUUACCAAUCAAAUGGUCGGAUAUAUACUAAUGUUGUUUUUUAGACCAAUUUUAUUUGUCAAAAACAACAUUAUUAAUGGGUUUUAGCCCUUCUAGAAACAAAAAAGGUAGGGGUCUGAAAAACUGCCACUUAUUUUCUAGAAUUAAAGCAACCAUCCAUAAUGGGAAUUGUUAGUGGAUACGUGAACCAUACAUGUUUUGUUCAUUGGCAAUUACUUGUACUAGGGAUUUGAUACUUAUGGUAAAAGAUUUGGUGCUAGCUAGAAUGUUGGUUGUCGAGUACAUUUCACCAAUUAAGAUGCUUAUGGAUAACUUUGUGACAUUAUUAAAAUCUCUUAUUUGUCUAAGGGCGAUUAUGGUGGAAAUUGUAAUUUUUAUUUUAUUUUUAUUUUAGGGGAAUGUAUACACUAAAUUAGUGGGAGUUCACUCAUUCAUUUAUCCCGAUAACGUAAUCUUUAUGAAAGCUCGUUUUGAACCCCAAGAUACUUAGUUUCGUGAAUGUGACGUGUGAAUUUACUAUAUGAGAAGACGUCAUCUUACCUUCUAAUCUUAUUUCUAUUUUCUUUGCCCCAUGUCGGCACUAUUUGCAAGGCGGAUUGAGUGGCUUAGUUUAUUGUAAAUGGAACCAACAUCAAAAAAUUCAUAUACAUUAUUGAUAUUAUUUUGGGUAUAUAGACUAGAGCAUUAUGUACCACAAUCGUUACAUAAUUGUAAAACCAGUCUUUGUUUUUUAUUCAAGAAACAUAAUUAUUACUUUCAUUUCUUGUUUCAGAUGACAAAUGUAUAUUUCAACGAUCAUCAACUUGUGAAUUGUGAUAAAUAACGUUUCAUGAAAUCUAAUGAAUAUAAAAUCAUGAUAACAGUUCUCUUUCAAUGUAACACAUUAAAAGGAUAGAAAAUGACAAAAUUUUUUUCAAAAUUACAAUACGUAAAAUAACCAUGAAUGGUAAUCCAUUGCAUAUGAAAUCACCGAUAACAUGAUGUAUCUACUCACAAAAUAUACAACCCUGUUUCUGAAUGUAGUCUAAAUAUAAUGAAACAUGCAACAUUAUCUAAUUAUAAUCUAAAAUAUAGAAAGAUGUUUCCCCAUAGAAAAAUUAAUACAGAAGAUACAUUGAAAUGAACCGCUCAGCCAAACAAACAACACCAUAAAUAAUAAUAAAAAUUCCCAAUCUGAUAAUCAUCCUAAGUUGUUUCUCAUGUUUGUUUGUGCAUUAAAAACUAAUAAUUUAUAUUUUAUACAUUUUAUCGCGGAAACAGAAAUAAGAUAACAACGAAAAUCAGGACAAAAGAGCGAAAACCCGGCAACCCGCAGGUAAAAGCCGUUAUUUCAGUUGCCAAAGGAGGGCAACCAAGUACUUUCGCGCACUCUUCCUUUACCUGGCCGCUACGCGAAAUAAAGAUCCCCAGACACAGAAGAGAGGAAAGGGAGAGGAAAUCAAUCCAGAUUGAGAAAGAAAGAGAGAAACUUCUGGCAGAAGAACGAAGAAGAAAGCUGCAAAUUCUCAAAGCUCUCUCUGUUUUUUUCAAAAUUUAUACUUGUUCGUUGUUUCUCUCUUUCCUUCUCUUUUCUUCGAGAAACCCAGAAGAAGGAAGCAAAUUACCGGUCAAAAGAUUCUCCCUUUUGCAUUUCUUCAAUAAAGCUGCCCAAUUUCUUUGCUGAGUCAAUUGGGUGCGUAUAGUGUCGAACAGAAGUCUGUACAGGGUCUGUUCUGUAUAUAUUCACAGCAAAGCUUGUUCUUUUAACUUUUGUAAGCCAAAAAUCCGAAGAAACCCUUUUGUUUAUAGUGGGUAGGGUUUUCUCGAUCUGAAAAUUCAUCGAAUUGGGUUCGUUUUAGUGGUGGGAAUUCGUCGAUUUAGCGGUUAAUUUUAUCUGGGUUCUGGUUUUUUUUCCAAUCUCCUUCGUUCAUUCAUGGCGGUUCCGACGAUUGCUCUGUACGCGAGCCCGCCGAGCACGAUAUGCUCGACGCCGCACCCAUGCUCGAUCAAUGGCAGCACGAGCUACGACUUCGAUCUGAACUCGAGAUCCUCCUCUUCUGCUUCCGCCAGUGGCUCUUCCUCGCAUAAAUCCCAAAUUGGCGGGCUGACGUGUCUGUUCUCUUCGCCUAGUGUGGUAAAGCACUCGUCGUUCUCCGGCGAUAGGGAGGAAUUGGGCGCUCUUUGGCACGAUAGAGGGGACGAUUUGAAGGAAUUGAGCAGCUCGUUUCGCUAUUCCCCGAGCAAGUACAUCGUCCCCGGCGGCGGAGGGUAUUGUGCGAAGAAGGACCAGAGUCCGGUUUCAGUGUUGCAAGCUCCGGUCUCUUGCUCCAGCAGUCCUCCGACGAGGUUAGCUCGUGGCGGCGAUGUCUGCUUUCCUAGCUCGGUUCAUAGCUCGUUCCGGUACGGGGCGAAUAGACUGUUCGAUGGAUUCGUGAGCCAUGCAUUAGGUUCUUGUGUGGACUACGAUUCGCCGAGCUUUGAAGUAGCUCCAUCUCCCGUUCCUCCGGCUGCUGAUGAAUUGACGUUUAAUAUGGAGGACAGCUUCGUGGGAGAGCCUGAUUACGAGCCAUAUGCGAAGGAAUUGUUGCUUGGUGCACAAAUGAGGCACAAGAUCUUCACAGAAGACUUUGUGAUCAAGGCCUUCCAUGAGGCCGAGAAGGCUCAUAGAGGACAGAUGAGGGCGAGUGGCGAUCCUUACUUGCAGCAUUGCGUGGAAACCGCAGUUUUGCUUGCAACGAUUGGUGCUAGCCCCACGAUGGUUGCUGCAGGUCUUUUACAUGAUACGAUCGAUGAUUCAUUCUUGAGCUAUGACCAUAUUUGCAGCACGUUUGGUGCUGGAGUGGCUGAUUUGGUUGAAGGGGUCUCGAAGCUUAGCCAUUUGAGUAAGCUGGCACGAGAGAACAACACCGCCAGCAGAACUGUCGAGGCAGAUCGUCUGCAUACAAUGUUUCUAGCAAUGGCUGAUGCCAGAGCAGUGUUGAUAAAAUUAGCUGAUCGAUUGCACAACAUGAUGACACUGGAUGCUCUGCCAUUGGUCAAGCAGCAGAGGUUUGCUAAGGAGACUCUUGAAAUAUUUGCUCCUUUGGCCAACCGAUUAGGGAUCUCUUCGUGGAAGGACCAGCUGGAAAACUUGUGCUUCAAGCAUCUGAACCCUGAUCAACAUAAAGAUCUGUCUUCACAACUGGUGAAGUCUUUCGAUGAGGCCGUGGUUACUGCAGCGACAGAUAAAUUGGAUCGAGCGCUGAAGGAUGAAGCCAUAAGCUACCAUGUGCUCUCUGGGAGACAUAAGAGCUUGUACAGCAUUUAUCGCAAGAUGUUGAAGAAAAAGCUGAAGAUGGACGAGAUCCAUGACAUUCACGGCCUCCGUUUGAUCGUCGAAAACAAGGAAGACUGCUACAGAGCACUGAGAGUUGUCCACGAGUUGUGGCCUGAAGUACCUGGGAAGUUCAAGGAUUACAUAAGUCAACCCAAGUUCAAUGGGUACCAGUCACUUCACACUGUGGUCACAGGCGAUGACGAGGUCCCACUCGAGGUCCAGAUCCGGACAAAAGAGAUGCAUCUGCAGGCUGAGUUUGGGUUUGCCGCGCACUGGAGGUACAAGGAAGGCGACUGCAAGCACUCCUCGUUCGUCCUGCAGAUGGUCGAGUGGGCUCGGUGGGUAGUGACUUGGCAGUGUGAGACAAUGAACAAAGAUCGGUCCUCGUCGAUCCCUUAUGCUGCUGAUUCCGUGAAACCUCCCUGUGCCUUCCCUGUCCAUUCAGAAGAUUGCAGGUAUUCCUGCAAGCCUCUCUGUGGCCAAGAUGGACCCGUGUUCAUCAUCAUAAUCGAGAAUGAUAAGAUGUCGGUCCAGGAGCUCCCAGCAAACUCCUCCAUCGUAGACCUGCUAGAGAGAGCCGGGCGAGGCAGCACGAGAUGGUCGCCAUAUGGCUUCCCAGCCAAAGAAGAACUGCGGCCAAAACUUAACCACGAGCCAGUGAGCGAUCCUACCUGCAAGCUGAAGAUGGGAGAUGUUGUGGAGCUAAGCCCCACCAUUCCCGAUAAGUCUCUGACCGAGUACAGGGAAGAGAUACAGCGGAUGUACGACAGGGGUUUGAAGACAACGAGCAGCGUUUCUUCGAGCACAGUGCCUACAACUACUACUGGAUGGAGAAGUUGAUAUAACACUACUACUUCAUUUGGAUCCAAAUGAAUGAAUGAAUAGCGUUCAUAGUAACAAUUGGUUUGUUUCCUUGUAAAUACAUGUUUGGUUGUAGAAGAACAGAUGUAAUGUAAUCGUAUUGUAAAAAAAUGGGGAAAUUGGUUAAACCGGUUGUGGAAAUCGGCCCUGCCUGGUUUCCAAGUUCCCCUCAUUAAAUGAAAAGAUUACUG